AUGCCCAAACCAGAUAUAACAUUGAAACAAAAUCAGGAUAUUUCCCAAUUGCUUCGUGAUGAAAUACCAUUAUUCGACAACUCUAUAACGUCAAAAGAUAAAGAAAUCAUUGAAACGUUAUCCGAAAUAUAUUCAAUUAUCAUCACAUUAGAUCAUGUAGAGAAAGCAUACCUAAAGGACUCCAUAAACGAUACACAAUAUACCAAUACUGUUGACAAACUACUAAAACAAUUCAAGGUCUACUUGAACUCUCAAAAUAAAGAUGAAAUUAACAAGCACUUCCAAUCCAUAGAGGCAUUUUCCAACAAAUACAACAUUACAGCUUCAAACGCAAUAACAAGAUUGGAGAGAGGUAUACCAAUUACAGCAGAACAUGCCAUAUCUACCACUACCUCUACCGCAUCCGGUGAUAAUGAACAUGGUUCUUUUAACGAUAAAAAAUUCAAUGCUAAAUGCGUUGCUGAGGCCACCGGUAAUUUUAUCACUGUAAUGGAUGCUCUGAAACUGAAUUACAAUGCGAAAGAUCAGUUACACCCUUUAUUGGCAGAACUAUUAAUCAGUAUAAACCGUGUCACCAGGGACGAUUUUGAGAAUAGGUCAAAAUUAAUCGAUUGGAUUGUCAAGAUAAACAAGUUGUCAAUUAGUGACACUUUAGCUGAAACAGAAAUCAGAGAACUACUCUUUGAUUUGGAACUAGCCUAUAAAAGUUUUUAUGCUUUGUUAGAUUAA